UUCACUCCCCUCCUCCUCUCCUCGGCAGCAGCUGCCUCUCCUCCUCAGACAUGGAGAGCUGCUAGAGACGCUGCAGCUCCGCUCCUCCUCUCCUCUCCUCUCCUCCGCUGGAUGCUGGAUCUACCAUGAAGUCUCCGCGGCUCUGGGCGGCCCUGUGCCUCCUCCUCCUCACCGCCUCCUGCCGCCUCUGCUCGGCCGCCAGACACGGUUGUUUGUUUGAGAAGAAGUUGUGUCCCAGAGAUCAGCUCUGCGCCGAUGAUGGUUUGUUCGGACAGUGCCGGGCUCCGCACCAGGAGCCCGGCCAGUACCGGGUCUCCGUGCCGGUUCUGCACAAGCUGCAGGAAGUCCUCAAAGACCUGAUGGUGCAGGGUCUGACGUGGAAGGACGAUCUGACGCAGGCCGUCAUCGGCCGCGAGCUGAGCCACGUUCCGACCGCCGCUCCCAAACUGGAACAGGAAUCCUCUAAACAGUCCUUCAGGCUGAUGGGUCCUGCUGCUCAGAGGGUCCAGGAUCCUGAAGGUCCAGCUGACCCUGAAGUGAUGCAGCAGUAUCUGGACUACAUGGUCCUGGAUCCGUCCCGGUCCUCCGUCCACAUGCAGACUCCCCUGCUGGAGCCAUACAGCUACCAUAAGUUCGGCUACCAGGACCAGGAGGAGCGCUCCCUCAACUCCCUGGAUGAUAACCCGACCUUCCACAAGGAGCGGUCUUUGGAGCGGGACCGGCAGCUGCUCCAGGACCUGAUGUCCCUCUACCUCACCUCCUCCCCUUCAUCCUCCUCUUCCUCACAGUCUCUGCCCCGCCACAGGGCCGCCAUAUCUGCCGGCCUCCCCUCCUCGUCUUUGUUCCCUGAUCUGGACUUCCCUCUGGACUACAGCGAGGACUACAUCUCCCAGGUCUCCCAGCUGAGGAAGCAGCCGGAGGCGGAGAAGAAGCAGCAGGAAUAUGACGCCCUGUCAGGACUGGAUGAACGCUCCCUGCAGAGACUGGCUCUUCUGCUGGACCACUACGGCCUGGAUGUGAAGGAUCUGACCCCGGAGCAGAAGGACGACCUGCCGGCGGCUCUGAAGCAGCUGCAGCUCGACGCCGCCUACCCUCCCCAACAAAGUGAAGAUCAAUACGGAGAUGAUGCAGCCAAGAAAAAGCUCACAGAGGCGGUGACGGCGUACAAGACUGUUAUCCAGAAGGCUCCGCCCCCCGCCGCCAAAGCAGGUGGAGGAGAGCAGAGGGAGGCGACUCCGCCUGAGGCAGCCAAUCAGAACAGAGGAGGAACGAGAGAGUUUGGGUACAUCGUCACCAACCAGAGCCCCCUGAGUCUGAACGACGGGGUGCGUCUGCUGCAGCUGCUGUCAGAGAGGAUCGGCCUCUCCGCCGCCGCCGUCGUCAACAUCAGCGUGGUCGGACCGGCCGUCACCUUCAGAAUCAGACCAAACGCCAAGAACCUGACGGCUGCAGACGCUGCAGAUAAAGCAGUCGCAGAGAAGAACUUCCUGGAAUCAGAGACGGGGUUAAAGGUCCUUCAGAGCGGCGCUGAACAGAUAAAUGAGGGGAAGUCGUUGCCCCUGGCAACCAAAGUCCAGCCGGGCUCCCGCUGGGUGUUCGCCACCCUGGUGUCCAUGGCGUGCAUCGGCGGCAUCCUAGUGGCGGCCAUGACCAUCGCCUGCCUGCGUCACCACGCCCACCGGCUGGCAGCUAAGAAGCUGGGCCUGGGACCCGAGGGGGGCGCCUUCAGCCACCAGGAGUACCAGGACCUGUGUCGCCAGCACAUGGCCUCCAAAGGCGCCUUCGGACGGCUGGAGGCCGCCGCCCUGGGCGCAGUGGGAGGAGCCGGCGGAGGAGGCGCAGCAGGGGGAGCCGGAGCAGCAGGAGGCGGCGGGGCGGACUCCAGGGUGAGCAGUGUGUCAUCCCAGUUCAGCGAUGGAGCCCAGCCCAGUCCCAGCUCCCACAGCAGCACGCCGUCCUGGUGCGAGGAGCCGGCGCAGGCCAACAUGGACAUCUCCACGGGUCACAUGAUCCUGGCUUACAUGGAGGACCACCUGCGGAACAAGGACCGGCUGAUGAAGGAGUGGGAGGCUCUGUGCUCCUACCAGGCAGAACCCAGCUCCGUAUCGGUGGCUCAGAGCGACUCCAACGCCAAGAAGAACCGCUGCCCCGACUCGGUUCCCUACGAUCACUCCAGGGUGAAGCUGAAAGCAGACAGCAACCCUUCGCGCUCCGACUACAUCAAUGCCAGCACCAUAAUCGAACACGACCCCAGGAUGCCGGCCUACAUCGCCACCCAGGGGCCCCUGUCCCACACCAUCUCCGACUUCUGGCAGAUGGUGUGGGAGAACGGCUGCACCGUGAUCGUCAUGAUGACGGCUCUGGUGGAGGACGGAGAGAAGCAGUGUGACCGUUACUGGCCCGAUGAGGGCUCCUCCCUCUACCACAUCUACGAGGUCAACUUGGUGUCAGAACACAUCUGGUGCAAUGACUUCCUGGUUCGCAGUUUCUACCUGAAGAACGUGCAGACGCAGGAGACCCGCACCCUCACCCAGUUCCACUUCCUGAGCUGGCCGGCGAAGGGGAUCCCCACGUCCACACGCCCCCUUCUGGACUUCCGCCGGAAGGUGAAUAAAUGUUAUCGAGGACGGUCGUGCCCCAUCAUCGUGCACUGCAGUGACGGUACUGGUCGGACUGGGACUUACAUCCUGAUCGACAUGGUUCUGAACCGCAUGGCUAAAGGGGUGAAGGAGAUCGACAUCGCCGCCACGCUGGAGCACGUCAGGGACCAGCGGCCUGGGAUGGUUCGCACCAAGGACCAGUUUGAGUUCGCUCUGACUGCGGUGGCGGAGGAGGUGAACGCCAUCCUCAAAGCUCUGCCCCAGUGACCGUCCACUGCCCCCCCCCCCCCCCCCCCCCCGAUGUGUUCAGGGACCUCCAGAAGAUAAAGGUGAACCCAUCGGAUCUGAACGCACCAUGAGCUUCUAGUCAGCCUGGUUUAAAGUCUUGUGGUUUUAUUUUGGAUUAAACAGAUUUCCUCCUGUAAACUUUGACCCUCUGUGCCAUCGACUCAUCCUGUCUGAGUAUUUAGUCGUUUACCUCAAAGCAAGAUAAAAGUAUAUAU